AUGCCUCCUAGCUCGUCACCCAAAGGAGGCUCAUACCUCGAGGAGCUCCCUGCAGAACUCAUCCUCGAAAUUGUCUCUUGCCUUGAUGUCCCCAGUAUCAAAAAACUCAGUCUCGCCUCGUCUACUCUCCACCGUAUCUGCUUCCCGGAUCUCUUCCAAUACCUAUUCUUCUAUGAUUUCGGUGACAGGACCCCGCGCAGAUGCCUGUCUGACAUGCGCCGCCGUUGCCCAGUUCCCUGCGUCCGAAAACUUUCCUUCAACGACCUUCGCGCGGAUGUCAAAUCACAGGCACUAUUGAAGUGGUGUGCCGCAGUACGAGAAUUCGAGAUAUUAUCCGCAUCCAAUCCGAAGCUAUACGCGCCACUCUUAUCCGGACUUGGGGACCUCAGAGCCGUCGAAAUUCAUCGGGUUACCUUCCAACGCGUUGCAGACUUCUUCGAGCUUCUGCGUAGCCUGUCUGGCACGGUCAAAGAUCUAACAAUUGGAAAUACUAUAGAGUUCGUUUCCACUUCCGACAACUAUCCGAUUCUCCCGCAGACUGGCAGGAGGAUCAAAGUAGAGAAACUUGUUGUCGGCUCAUGUCUAGUCCUAGAGCUCCUCCUACGAGAUGAUUCUCCAGUCGAGCUUUCACAUUUGAAGAUCGCAGAAACCAGAUAUGUAACACCAUCUAUCAUCAACAAACUCGGUUAUCUCAACCCUCGUCUUGUCAAGCUGGUCAUCCAGGAUCCUGCGUUGGAAUCAAACAGUGAAUCUCUCGUACUCCCUGCUGUCAAACAUUUGACUCUCUCUUUCCGCCUUUCGGAGUGGAGAUCCACACCCCUCAGAAAGCUCCUGAACCAUUCGGAGGUCAAUUUGGAAGAGUUAACCAUAAAGUUCCCAUUCGAAGUCAUCUUGGAGGAAAGGGGCGAGUGGGAGGGGUUGGCGUUGAUGCUGUCACGGCAAUCGAAGUUGCAGGGAUUGAAAGUCGUGGCAUUAUUAAGGCCAUCUAGAAGACAAAACCCUCAACUUUCUCUCAAUGAAUCUCGUCACCUACUCGUACACCAGCGCCGAAGAAUACUGGCGAUCCUGGAGAACAGUCGCUUCAAGAUCCUUCAUACUAUCGCCGCCAAGACCGAGGCAAAGAAAACGCGUCCUAUGAAUAAUGACGAGAUGCAAAAGUAUCAUCCAUUCAAUUUCAAUGCUUUUAGCGAGGUGGAAGUAAUUACACCGCAAAAUGUCCAGCUGGUAUAUACGAUGAAGAAACAAUAA